ACGGAAUCAACAACGUUUAAAGUGUUAAAUAAGGAUUCAUUUGUAUGCUGUAAGAGAGCAUUAAAAUGAACUUUCAAAAUCACAUAAUGUUUCAUGUGACUUUUCUUUGUGCGAUGAUGCUGUCAGCUGAUGGUGUUGCAAUUAUUGAGGAACAAGAGGACACCGAGAUAUAUAGAGCAAUAAAUGAUAUUGAAGAAGACGUCACAAACCAACAAGUGGUGAAGAAAAAUAAUAGUGAAAUCGGCACUCUCGUUAAGAAGCAUUUUAAAGACAUUACUAAUUCUAUAUCUUCUGACAGAGGCGACGUCGAUGGCGACGUUGGGACGACAACUGCAGAAAAACAGAGACAUGACGAAAGUAGGCAUUAUUAUACAACCACAACGGCGCCUACUGUAGACUUUCACAAACAACGACACGACGUGGACAGCGGUGUGCGAAAUGAUCAAACAACAACCCCAAAUUUAGGUUUUGACAAAUCAAUACACGAAAUGGAGAACAGACAGCGAAAUGACCCAGCAAGAACGCCCACUGUAGACGUUCACAAAGCAACACACGAAGCGGGUACUUUACAGCAAACGGGUCCAACAAUAGCUCCCGUUGAUGACUUUAAUAAGCGAGGACACGAAGCGGGCAGUAGAAAGCGACAUGACCCAGCACCAGCGACAACGCAAAUCCCACAAACGCGACUUGACCCAACGGAUACGUUUUUACUCGAUGGCAUUCUGGAUAUUGUCGAUGCCAAGUUUGAAACAUUGAACAAACGGCUUACGGCUCUAGAGCGGGGCAUAAGCAAUGUCCAGUACUACAACGUUCGCAGUUUCAGGGUUGUGAAUACACAUCUACAUGCAGUGGAUACUAUUUUGCAUAGCCUGCAUACAGGGAUGUCCCAAGCAGAGCUACGGAGUAGUCAACUGGAUCAAAAGGUCGCUGAAAUAAAUGUCGAUGUCAAGAAUUUUGCUUCGACCAACAGUCGUAUGUUUCAGGCAUUAGAAGAGAAUACAUCGUUUUAUUUAUCAGGUAUUCAAACAGCAAUGUUUGAUCUCAAGAGAAGCGUUGAUCAGACAAAUAAAAGCGUGAAGGAAUUAAAAAACGACACACAUGAUUUAAAAGAAAUGAUUUUUGGGUCUAACAAGUCCCAGAGUGAAAUGCUUGCUAACGGUGAGAAAUUAGUUGUAGCAACGAGAGAAGUAAUGCAAGCUGCGUAUCACAUUUUGAAUGCAACGCUUGCAAUAAAGGAAACAACAAGCACGAUUGAAAUUCACACGUUCAGUGUUAGCAAAACAAUUGAAGAAGUAGCUAGAAAUGUCUCUGUUAUAACCAAAGACGCAGACGAAAUUAAGACCAGUGUUAAUGUUAUUCUGACAAAUAUUACAAAUAGCAAAAAUGGUAAUCCAAAACAAGAUAUAAGCAAGCUGGAUAACGGUUUUGAGAGAGUCGACAAUAAAACUGGGACAGAAGAUGACCACACAGUACAUAUGACAUGUGCAAUGAUUUUGGAAUUACUUGACGAACGACUGCAAAGCGUGAAGGCUUCCAUUGAAAGCAAACAACAAAAUAUCCAAACCGCGUAUGAAAGGGAACGCAAUGACUUCUUCCAAACUGAAAGCCAGACACUUCUUCGAGCUAUUGAACAAGUGAACCAAACUGUAUUGCAUUCAUUGACUCUAUAUAAUCAUACAGGUAACCUUAUUAAACGAAUAUUAUUUGACACACAGAACAUUGCUAAGGAUCAAAUAAGCCUUCGGGACAACAUCGUGGGGUAUUUACUGAAUGGUACAUUUGAACUGUUUAACAGCAGUGUUCCAGAAUUUUUAACAUUUGGUUCCAGAGAAAAGAAAGUCACCUCAUCUCCAAUCAAGUCUGACGGCAAAUGCAUUUCUGCAGACCCUUUUUUACAGGAAUUGUCGUUGCUAUUUAGGAAUGGCUCUCAGCUGUUUGAGCUAAUGACGGACAUGGUUGAGGCAAGUUCUUCAACGGUCAAACUAUCUCUUGACAAAUUUAACAGCGAAGUCUCCAAACUGGCCAACGUGCGUGAAGAAAUAACGGGCAAUAUUGGUUUAGUCAUAAAUAAAAGUGAAAUAAAUAACAUUAACCAGCUUGCUGACUUACGCAAUACAACAGAUUAUAUUUUAAUGCUUGCCGAUGCAAUUGCGUCGAACACUGGCUGGAUUCCGUAUGUGUAUCAUAGAGUCAAGUAUGUUGAAAGUCAGGUGAACAAGACUCUAGACAUUGUGAACAAAUUAGAUUCGAGGACACAAGAAACGCUUUUGAUACAAAAAGCCAACAUGGCGUUUAUAUUUAAACCACUUAAAUCCACAAUGUCUGAUGAAAUGAAAGAAGAACGGCAAAUGUUUCACAAACAAAAAACAACAAUGACGGCAUCAGAUAUCGAGGCAACUACGUUAGAUCCAUUUGCGUACAUCAAGGGGACGUAUCAGGCCGAGAAUAGAUUUCUAAGCGGCGCAAAUAAUGCUUCUCGCAAUCAGUUAUCGGAUUCCACCAUUAACGAGAUGAUGGAAUUUGUUUACAGGACGAAUAAAAAAGUCGACAGAAUUAUUCCUGCGCUUACUCAUCUUUUGGGUGAACCAGAGCCGUUCAUUGCCCUACUGGACGGAAACACGGACAAAGAGGGACGCGUCGAAAUCUACCAUAAAGGCGAAUGGGGGACCAUACCUCGGAAUAUUGAUCAUAAUGAGGCAUCGUACAUCUGUCGGAAACUAGGAUAUUUCGGCGGCGUUUCUGUCGGAAGUGGUUUCUUCGGGAGCGGCUCUGGUGCAUUCUGGGAACUCAACGUGACCUGUUUGCGCACGAGCUGGUGUGAUUCGGUCAGUCAUGUGACUGAUCCAUCCGCCUACAGUCACGGAAUGGACGUUGGAGUAAUGUGUGAUCACAUGAUUCGACUUACGAAGAGCAAUGAGGAAGACGAAACGGAACUGUCUCGGCAGUCUGGAAGACUAGAAAUCUACCAUCAAAACUAUUGGGUACCAGUCUGCUUCAAAAGCUGGGGUCACGAGGAAACGGAAGUCGUCUGCAAACAGCUCGGUUUCCGAGAGGGCGCUGCGAGUUCUGAAAAGGACGAAACGAUGAUGGACUCUUAUUCGAUGGCAAACGUCACGUGCACCGGAAGUGAGAAUAGACUCGAUGCAUGCGCAUUUGAUGGAUUUAAAUUAAAUGGCUGCACAUCUUCAGAAUAUGUGUCAGUGUUCUGCAUUUAAGUUUGCGUUGAUUGUGUGUGUGUAUUUAAUAAGAUAAAGAAACAAUAUACAGAAGUAUGUUUUAAAUAUGUUAAGUGAACACUGGAAAUUGCGUCCGAUGAACACAAUAUUCGUGGUUUGCGUUGGGCACAAAGAAAUCAUAAUACUUUCUAGAUCGUUCAAUUAUUGUAUGUCAUUAAAUUGUUUUAAUUGCAUAUUGAAUAGCAUCUUAAUUCUUUGAUAUCAUAUCAAAUCUCAAAACAACCCGUCUAGAUUUCAUAUGUACUGAACAGGUUAAAUGGAAGCUAUAUGUAUGUGAUGGUGCUAUAUUUAAUUAAUAUUAUUAUGAAUUGUAAAAUAUAUUGAAAGACAGUACACUCGGUCGUUAAAUUGGUGAUGCGUGAUUUGUGUCCAAUAAUAACAAUAAUUAUAACCUGGUGUAAUAUUUAAAUGGUAUUACAAAUAAAUCAAAGA